AUGAAGCUGAAGGAGAUUGAUCGCACUGCCAUGCAGGCAUGGAGCCCUGCCCUGCAGCACCCCAUUUACCUGGCCACAGGUACCUCUGCCCAGCAGCUGGAUGCAACGUUCAGCACCAAUGCGUCCCUAGAAAUAUUCGAGCUGGACUUGGCGGACCCUUCCCUGGACAUGAAGUCCUGUGCCACCUUCUCCUCCUCUCACAGGUACCACAAACUCAUCUGGGGGCCGCACAGCAUGAGCUCAGGCGAGAGCGUCUCGGGCGUCCUCAUCGCCGGGGGUGAAAAUGGGAACAUCAUUCUGUACGACCCGGCCAAAAUCAUAGCUGGGGACGCUGAAGUUGUCAUUGCCCAGAAGGACAAGCACACGGGCCCCGUGCGAGCGCUCGACGUCAACAUUUUCCAGACUAAUCUGGUGGCCUCUGGUGCAAAUGAGUCUGAAAUCUAUAUCUGGGACUUGAACAAUUUUGCCACACCGAUGACACCAGGGGUGAAGACACAGCCCCUCGAAGACAUCAGCUGCAUCGCGUGGAACAGGCAAGUCCAGCACAUCCUGGCGUCGGCCAGUCCUAGCGGCCGCACUACCGUGUGGGACCUCAGGAAGAACGAGCCCAUCAUCAAAGUCAGUGACCACAAUAACCGGAUGCACUGCUCAGGGCUGGCGUGGCACCCUGACGUAGCCACGCAGAUGGUUCUGGCUUCGGAGGAUGACAGGUUGCCUGUGAUUCAGAUGUGGGACCUGAGAUUUGCCUCGUCACCACUUCGUGUUCUCGAAAGCCAUACAAGGGGCAUUUUGGCCAUUGCUUGGAGCAUGGCAGAUCCGGAGCUGCUGCUUAGCUGUGGGAAGGAUGCUAAAAUCCUGUGCUCCAACCCGAACACAGGCGAGGUGCUCUACGAGUUGCCCACGAACACGCAGUGGUGCUUCGAUAUCCAGUGGUGUCCCAGGAACCCCGCUGUGCUCUCCGCGGCGUCCUUCGAYGGGCGCAUCAGCGUCUACUCCAUCAUGGGGGGCAGCGCGGACGGCUUGAGGCAGAAGCAGGUCGACCAGCUUUCCUCUUCAUUUGGGAACCUGGAUCCCUUUGGCACAGGCCAGCCUCUCCCGCCUCUGCAGCUUCCCCAACAGACGGCUUCGCAGAGUGUCGUUUUGCCCCUAAAGAAGCCCCCCAAGUGGGUCCGGCGCCCCGUGGGAGCGUCCUUCUCGUUUGGAGGCAAGCUGGUUACAUUUGAGAGCACCAAGGCUCAGCAGCAGCCGGGCAUCGAGCAGCAGCAGCAACGUUACCACGUCUACGUGAGCCAGGUGGUCACGGAGAAGGAGUUCCUGGCCCGCUCCAAGCAGCUGCAGGAGGCUGUGCAGUCCGAAGGCUUCGUGAGCUACUGCCAGAAGAAAAUCGAUAUGGCCCAGGCUGACUUUGAGAAGAACGUGUGGGCCUUCCUAAAGGUGAAUUUUGAAGAAGAUUCACGUGCUAAAUACCUGGAGCUCUUGGGAUACAGGAAAGAGGAUCUAAGGAAGAAGAUUACUUCAGCUCUGAACAAAGAAGGCCUUGCGGAUGGUGACUUGGGAGAGGCACCCGCAGAAUCUGAUGGAUCUGCCCUGACCAAGGUGGGGGAAGGGCAGGCUGCAGAGGAGCAGUUCUUCAGAGAGGAUUUAAAGGACCAUAGACGUGGACCUGAAGAUUCCGUGCCUGCAAAGAAAACAUUUAACAUCUCUGUUAGUGGAGAUGUGGAUGGUUUGAUUACCCAGGCUUUGCUGACGGGUAACUUUGAAAGCGCGGUGGAUCUCUGCUUGCAYGACAACCGCAUGGCCGAUGCCAUUGUCCUGGCCAUCGCGGGCGGGCAAGAGCUGCUCUCCAGGACACAGGAAAAAUACUUUGCUAAGAUGCAGAGCAAAAUUACCAGGCUCAUCACUGCAGUUGUCACCAAGAACUGGAAGGAGAUUGUGCAGUUUUGUGAUCUGCAGAACUGGAGAGAGGCUUUGGCUGCUGUGCUGACGUACGCCAGGCCGGAGGAGUUYGCAGCGCUUUGCGAUCUCCUGGGUAACAGGCUGGAGAGCGAGGGCGACAGCCUGCUGCAGAGCCAGGCUUGUCUCUGUUACAUUUGUGCUGGCAACGUGGAGAAGCUCGUUGCCUGCUGGACCAAAGCUCAGGAUGGGAACAGCCCCUUGUCGCUGCAGGACUUAAUAGAGAAGGUUGUGAUUCUGCGCAGAGCCGUGCAGCUCACGCAGGCCGUGGACCCUACGGCGGUGGGAGCCCUCCUGGCUGAGAAGAUGAGCCAGUACGCCAGCCUGCUGGCCGCGCAGGGCAGCYUAGCCGCAGCCCUCACCUUCCUCCCUGCAAACACCAGCCACCCCAACAUAGAGCUGUUGCGGGACAGGCUUUGCAGAGCCCAAGGGGAGCUCGCCGUGGGCCAGGAGGCCCCGAAGGCGCCGCACGAGAGGCAGCCUGUGCCCAAAGGCAGAGCCGGCGCUGUGGCCGGACACGUGGCAGCACCCCAGGCUCCAGCCCAGCAGUAUUACCAACAGGGAGACAACCCACCUCCUCCAGGGUUUAUCAUGCCAGGUGCUGUCAACCCCACCGUGCCCCCUCCGCCAGCUUCCUCUUCCAAUUACAACAUGUACCUGCAAGCGGGGCCCCGACCCGCGUACCCGCAGACGUAUCAGGCCACCCAGCCGUACUCUUUCGGAGCAGGGGGACCAGCUGUCUAUCAGCCUCUGCAGCCUGUCGCUCCUCCUGCUUCAGCCUCUUACCCUAACGCGGCCCCAAACCCUGUCCCCCCGUACUUACCACCCGCGCCCUCCCCACUGUACCCGGCGCAGCCCCAGCCCUCUCCGCCCGGCUUGAACCCUGCCUCCUCCUACCCUCUGCCUCCUUCGGGGGCCUCCUUUCAGCAUGGCAGGCCAGGACCUCCGGCAACCUCUGUGGCCUAUGCGUUGCCUCCGGGACCAACAGGUACUCUGCCUGCAACCAGUGAUGUUCCUGCAUCCCAGAGAACAGAAAACCUGCCGCCUCAAGACCAGGCCUCUCCUUUGCUGGGGGAACUAGGGCCUCAGAACGGCUGGAAUGACCCUCCUGCUCUGAGCAGAGCUGCCAAGAAGAAGAAGGUCCCUGAUAACUUUAUGCCCCCGGUUCCCAUCACCUCCCCCAUCAUGAACCCGCUGGCGGAUCCGCAGUCUCAGAUGCAGCAGCCUCCAGCUCCAGCAGCACCCAUGGGAGCCCCCAGCUUGCAGCCCGCACACCUGCCUGCKGGGCAGCCCGUGCUGCAGGGCCCCUACCAGCCUGCUGCCCACUCGCUGGGGCCAAGCAUCGURCCUCCCGCUGUCUCCAAAACCAGCACAGAGGGGGCCCCCGGAGCCCCCAUCGGCAAUGCCAUCCAGCACGUCCAGGCACUGCCCACAGAGAAGAUURCCAAGAAGCCUAUCCCUGAGGAGCACCUUAUCCUGAAGACCACGUUUGAAGCUCUUAUCCAAAGGUGCCUGCUGUCUGCCUCAGACCCGCAAACCAAGAGGAAACUGGAUGAUGCAAAUAAACGCCUGGAGUUUCUUUAUGACAAACUUAGGGAACAGACGCUCUCYCCAACCAUCCUUAGUGGGUUGCACAACAUGGUGAAGAGCAUCGAGACCCGCAACUACGCGGAAGGACUGAACAUCCACACGCACAUAGUCAGCACCAGCAACUUCAGCGAGACCUCCGCCUUCAUGCCGGUGCUGAAGGUUGUCCUCACCCAGGCCAAUAAACUGGGUGUCUGAAGGCACCCUGCCCUUGCCGAGCUUACGACGGUUGCUUUUCCAAAGAAGUGCAUUUCUACAGCCACCAUGCCAGAGAGGGACCAGGCGCUAGUCCUCAGAGCGUGUCGCAGUAGGGCGCUGACAAAUGGCAUUACACUCUCCCUGCACAAAAGGUCCUCCUAGAAGGGCCGCUGGUGCUUUCCGUUUUAAUCUUUCUCAUCCUGAAUGAUUCCUCUCCACAGCUAGUGUAUUUAAUGGAUCAUGCCCUCUAUUGUCAAUUUUUAGAUGCAUGUUAUACUGCUGAACGGCGGCUUUUAAUAUCAAAUAUAUGUGUUAAAAGGAACAAGAUAGAUUGUGUAUCAGACCCUCAAACAAAACUCUUCCUUCCCCACCCUUCCAUAUCCACCAGAUUAAAGA